GUUUGUCGGUAGCAGCUCCUGAAACGCAAGACUGCCACACAUCUGUUCGACCAACGCCAGUUGAUCUAAACGCCAGUAGAUCUGGAACAGCGGCUUUCCAGGACUUGAUACCGACAAACCAGGAAGUAAUCAGUGUGAAUACGUCGCCUACAAACGGCACUUUGUGGGGUUGGCUAAACACAACAAUCUGUCAUUCAUAUUGUUUUGGAAAAAGAAACAUAAAAUAACCUCAGAGUUUAACUGGUGAUACUCCCACGCGUAAGCAUACCGCGAAUACAGCAAUAAGCAAAUAACAGUGCCUAUUCAAAACAGGCGAAAGUUAAUUAACAGUAUAGAAAAUGUUCUAGUCUUCAUUAUUAUUUUCCCACAUAUUGUUAUUACUCUGAUGUGACCUGAGGGUUGUCAAACUGACAGACAAAGCGUCCAGUUUACAUCAAAAGCAGAGUCCACUCCACUAGUGGCACCUGUGGGGAAGUGCCAUUGCCUAAACAAUAUUAACCUGUGACACACCUACACCUGAAUUCCUAGAGCUUCCUGCUUUAGCAGGUAUCUCUUAUCAAUAAGCAAGCUGCUGAAAGUAGUUUUUAUUUGAGCAACGUAUUCAUAGUCUUGCUGAGAUAUAUUUGCUUAUGUGUGUUCUCCUAUAAUCACAUUAGAUCUUUUUCUUGUGUUCAUCUAAGACAACCAACAGCAACAUGAACUGUAAUGAGGGGAAGGGUCUGGAUGUCCAGCAGGUCUGUAACCAGGAGAGUAACUCCACAUUGGACCCACAGGACCCAGAGCAUCCACAGAUUAAAGAGGGAGAGCAGCUUGUAGUGAAGCAGGAGGCUGAGGGCAUCAUCAUCUGGACUGGAGAAGAGCGGCUCAGACUGCUGGAUACCAUCUGGAAACCUGAAAUAACGACAUACAGUAAAGAUCUUGCGCAACAGUGUGUCUUUAAGCAAGAGGAUCUGCAUGACCAGCAGGUGUGUAACCAGGAGAGGAACUCCAGUUUGAACCACGAGGACCCAGAACUCCCAUGGAUUAAAGAGGAACCAGAGGAACUUUGCACCAGUGAGGAAGGAGAACAGCUUUUAUUGAAGGAGGAGACUGAUACCUUUAUGGUGACUUUUGAUGAAAGUGAACAUGAACCAAACAGAGACCAGCUCCUUUCUCACAACUCUCCUGCACCAGAGAGCCAGCAUCAAGGAGGAAAUGAGCAUGUGGAAUCAGAAUCUACUAGAAAACCAGAGCUGAAGAACAGUAACAGUGUAAACAACUCUCCAGUGCCAGAGAAUCAGUGUAAAACUGGCAAAAGUAAAAAGUCUCUAAAUUGUGACACUUGUGGAAAGACUUUUCAGUACGAAUGUCACUUGACAAAACAUGUAAGAAUUCACACAGGUGAGAAGCCUUUUUCUUGUAGCACCUGUGGGAAAUGUUUUGGUCAGAAAUCAGGACUGGAAACUCACAUGAAAAUUCACACAGGUGAGAAGCCACAUUUUUGCAGUAUCUGUGGAAAAGGAUUCAGUCAGAUGAUAAACCUGAAAACUCAUAUGAGAGUCCACACAGGUGAAAAGCCAUAUUGUUGUAGCACAUGUGGAAAAACCUUUAGUGCCUUGUCAGCCUUCAAAACCCACAUUAGAAUUCACACAGGUGAGAAGCCAUAUUGUUGUAAGACUUGUGGGAAACGAUUCACUCAGCAAUCUGGACUGGAACAUCAUAUGAAAAUUCACACAGGUGAGAAGCCACAUUCUUGCAUUACCUGUGGGAAAAGCUUCAGUCGUAUGAAGUCCUUGAAAACUCACAUGCGAAUUCAUACAGGUGAGAAGCCACAUUCUUGCAUUACCUGUGGAAAAAGUUUCAGUCAUAUGAUGAACUUGAAAACCCACAUGAGAAUUCAUACAGGUGAGAAGCCAUAUUCUUGUAGCACCUGUGGGAAAAGAUUUAGCGAUUUAUCAGGAUUCAAAAAACAUAAAAUGAUUCAUACAGGUGAGAAGCCCCACCCUUGUAACACCUGUGGAAAGAGAUUCAGUGACAUGACGAAUUUGAAAGCUCAUAUUAGAAUUCACACAGGUGAGAAGCCAUAUUGUUGUAACACUUGUGGGAAACGAUUCAGUCAGAAAUCUGGAGUGAAAAUUCAUAUGAAAAUUCACACAGGUGAGAAGCCACAUUCUUGCAUUACCUGUGGGAAAAGCUUCAGUCAUAUGACGUCCUUGAAAACUCACAUGAGAAUUCACAUGCCUGAGAAGCCACAUUCCUGUGGCAAUUGCGGGAAAAGUUUUGUUCAGCUGAUACACUUGAAAAGGCACAUGAGAAUUCAUACUAUUUAAGUUUUAAAAUGUGGAAUGUACUUUAUUAUAGAAAAACAAGAAUGGAUAAAAUAAUUUAUUGACACUUGUAUUCUAUAGCCAAGAUUACAUCACUCUAUCCAAAAGCUGGAAAGUGACACAAAUAAGUAAAAGUCAUUAUGGAUUUGAACAGUGUUGUCCGUUAUUUCCCAAUGUUUUCUUUAUGUUUGACACUGCUUAG